AUUUCAGAAUUCGACCGAUGAGCGGAUCACCCAGGCGCGUGCUUAUCACUGGUGCCGGCCGAGGCAUUGGGCUGACCUUUGCCAAGCACUACAAGGCGCAAGGAUGGAAUGUCAUUGCUGCCGUUCGCAACCCUUCUUCGGCCCAAGAGCUGAUUGACUUGCAAGUGGAGAAGAUUGUUGCCCUCGACGUGUCCAGCGAAGAGUCUGUCAAUGCUGCGGCAGCGGCCGUGGGAAGGCAAGUCCCCAUCGACUUACUCAUCAACAACGCGGGUGUGUUGGCACGUGACACCUUGGAAACAGCCACGAAGGCUAGCUUGCUGCAUCAUUUUGAAGUGAACUCCAUUGGUCCGUGGCUGGUUACGCGUGCGUUUUUGCCCAACUUGGAGCUGGCUGCGUCGCCGUCGGGUGUGACCAUUGUGGCUCAAGUGACAUCGCAAAUGGGCAGCAUCGAGCGCAUUCUGUCGGGAGGGUACUACGCGUACCGGUCGUCCAAGACGGCGCUCAACAGCCUCACCAAGUCCCUUUCGGUGGACCUGAAGCCCCGUGGUAUCACUUCCAUCCUAUUGCAUCCUGGCUACGUCAAGACCGAUAUGACGGGGCACAACGGCGACAUCACCACUGCCGAAAGCGUGGCCGGGUUGACCAGUAUCUUGGCUAACGCCACCACCGAAGACAACGGUCGCUUCUUCCACACGGACGGCUCCAUCAUUCCGUGGUAGUGUCGACUAGUGUGAGCUGAAGUAGCGAUUUUAUUCGUGAGAUAACGUUAACGUUAUGGUCAUUUUGCAUUUCCAUCGAAA